CUCUCGUCCCUCUCCUCCCUGUUUUUCCAGCGAUGCUGCAGACUCUCCUCUUCAUCACAGUUAACCUGGAUUUGUCUCUGCUGCUCCUUCUCCUCCUCAGAGCCGAGCUCCUCCCAGGAUAACCUCCUUCUGAACGGAUAAGGAGCCUGGAUGUGAAGAUGAUCUAUCUUGGUUAUUAGAGAUGAUGUUCAACAGUCUGAUCACUGGCGUAUUGGAACGACAUGUAAAGAUGAAUUCCAGCCCCCUGCUGUGCGAGUAACACUCUUUGAUGGCCGCACAGACUUUUUAUGAUGGCUGCCAUGGAUGAUUGAUUUUAAAACUGCUCCUGAGGGUGCUGUAAUCUCAGAGCUUUUUUUUUUUUACAAAAUGUGCGAUCGAGGAGAGCCCUUGGGUGAGGGGGAGUUGCGAAAAUAAUAACCAGCAGGGGGGCGUGCUUGCUGAUGGGGAUGCCAACGCCAAUGAAAUCGGGACAGAAGAUGGCGGGAGGACGGGGAACACUGGCACUCUGUCGGGGCUUAUGACUGAAAAAUCAGAGCAGGAUAAAGUCAUCAUCUGGGGAACGGACUCGCAGUGUGAUGACCCCGAGCUGGCUGAGUUUGAGAUGCUGGAGGGUCAGGAGCUCGAGGCCUACCUGGUAAGAGACGGGGAGGACUUUGCGGGGCUGACAGAGCGGAAGGCGCUUCGUGAACAGUCUUCCUCCUGCGGCAAAGCCAGACCAGAACAACCAGCAGAUAAUAUGAGCAGUGAGGAGAGGCAAUCCGCUCUGCAUGGUGCCAGUGAGCAGGACUCCAGUGUCUCGCAUGUCUCUGAGAGCAGGGAGGCAUCAAGGACGGAGUUAAGCUCAGAAACAGAUGUCUUUGUGACCUGUCCCUCUACCUUUUCAAACAUGGAUACAGCUAUGGACACUGCAGGCAGGACCCAAACAACAGACUCCUGGCACAAUGCCUCUGGUCCUUACUCCGUCUCAGAAGACCUGACUCUGGUUUCCCAGACUUGCAGCAUUGUCACAGAGAAAAGUAAGAGGGACCAUCCUUCCCGCUAUUCAGGAAAAAGCACAAAACACAGAAAAGAUGUGGACAUGAAUUUGAAUUCAACACUUCAAUCAGAGGAUUUGAUAUCACAGGCACAAGUUAGCUGUGGAAAUUUGUGGGAGGACGUCCUUGAGGAGAGCAGGAGGAACAAUAACCAGAGAAAUAAAGCAGGGAAUACCAAUUCAGAGCAAGACUGUGAUCAAAGGAGAAGUACUGAGCACAAGGGCUUACCCACUGCAACAAAAUCACAUGAGGAAAGCAACACUAAAAUGGAUAAAAGCACACAAGCUGAUGAGACACCUGAUGUGAACUUCAGCCCACCCAGAACAGGCACAAAGGAGACCCAGUCAUCAUCCAUUGAAUCCAAAGCCAUGAAGAAACAAGGAUCAUUUGAUUCCUCUUUAAAAAAACAAAACUCUUUUGACAGGAGUUUUAAAAAGCAGCCAUCGUUUGAGAAUUCCUUCAAGAAGCAGCUCUCCUUUGAUAACUCUUUGAGGAAGCAGGGCUCUUUUGAGAACAUGGUCACGUCCAGCUCUUCAAGUCUGGAGAGAAGGAAGCCGUGGGGAAGCCCCAGUCGACCAGCCACUCCUUCUUCUCCUAAAACUACCUCCUGUUCCCCAAAAAGACGACCGCCCGGUUCUCCAGCAAAGGUCCAGGGCAUCAGGGCGCUGAGCUGUGAGCGCAGCGCCUCCCCUCAGAGAGGUUUCAGUCCAACAGUCAAACCGACGGUCAAAACAAGUUUGAGCAGCAGCAUCCCCAAACCGGUCGCCUCUCAGCAGAAAGAACCUGAGCCCAAGAGGUGUUCCCCUCCCCAGAAGCCUAAAAAUGUCCGACCGAAAAUCAUCACCUAUGUCCGAAAAAACCCUCAAGCAAAACCAAACACUUCACUGGAGGCCUCAUCACUAAGACUCUCUUCCUACCCCAGCCCGCCAGCUCAGAAAGAUCUAAAAGCUGGUCCUCAGCCUAAAUCCACACAGGUGCUUUGCUCCUCCAACCUGCUGUUUGAUAAAUAUCGACAGGAGAUGCAGAAGGCGGGACUCUGCCCUCCAGACAUGGCUGUGACUGGAAUGAAACCUCCAAGCAGCACCAUCGCUCAGAGGCAGAGUGGAAAGUCGAGCAGUUUUCACGAGGAUAUGUCUGAGAAAUAUCUCCAGGAGCAUGUUGUCCAAGAGGGAAGCAGUGUGUACCGCUCCCCAAGAGCUCUGAGGCCUCAACUGGGGUUAGGGGCCGUCACCAGGCAGCCUGCAGCCAAGACAAGAAGCCAGCAGACAGGUCAAAGGUCAGCAGCGGCUCCAAGCCAUUCUGCUCAGACAGCCGGGGCGUCCACCCAGGGCCACCAGGACCAUGCAGCAGAGCAAAAGAGGUCAGCAGAAAGGGGGCCAGAGACCACCACCAAGAGCAUCCUGCUCAAAGCAGGUCAGUCUGGUCUCCGUGCCCCGGGUUUCUCCACCCUGCCAGCUGCCCGUCUGGCCACCUUUGGCUUCACCCGGACUUCCAGUGUCUCGUCUGUGUCCAGUAACCAGUCAAACAACAGCAGUCACAGUGAUCCCAGCAGACCUGCUCAGCAUCCCGGCUGUGGAAGCGAUGACACACCUCUCCACAAAGCCACAGCGCCCCCCACUGACACGCCCCUUGCUCAGAGCCGUUUGCAGCCUCCCAACGCCCCGAGUCUGCAGCGUCGCAGUUUGCCGCCCCAGCGCUGCUCCCCGCUCGCCUCUAGGAAAGAGAUGAAGAAAGAGGUUGAAGCUGUACUGCCACCGAAGUCCCCUCCGAAAAGAUUUGCAGUGGUUUCUCCUAAACCACAGUCCCCUGUUCGUGGGCGGACAGCAGGCGCCGGUGGCGCUGUUCAGACUGAAAGGAACCAGGAGUUGGACCGCGCUCUGAUCCAGCAGCUGCGUCGACGCUGUGAGCAGCAGGAGCUGCAGCUGCAGAGCCUACAGGCCCAGUUAAAGAAGGCAUCCCUAUGCAUGGAUGUGUUCAGCAUCACGACCCAGCACUUCUGUCUCAAGAGUGAGAGUGCCUUUGUGAAGGAGAGGGAACUGUCCCUGGAGCUCGCCAGAAUCAGGGAUGAAGUGGCUUUCAGUGUGGCACACUGGGAGAAACUGCAGCAGGAGAAGGAGGAACAGGAGCGUCGUUUCGAGACGGAGCUGCGGGGACUGCGGGCGAAGCAGCAAAGGGAGCUGGGAGCGCUGGAGGAGCGGCUGAAGGCGCAGCACACGGCCAAGGCGAAGAGCCUGCAGGCCGAGCUAAGAGGAGAGCUGGAGGAGCUGCAAUUCAAACAGCAGGAGCAGAUUGAGGAGAUGAGUGAAAACCAUGAGGCUUCAUUGAUGGAGAUGGAGACGGCUCACAAUGACACACUGGCCACACUGCAGGAGGAGCACGCCAGGACUGUGAAGAAUCUGAAGAUGGCCCAUGAACAGCAGACAAAGUCUCUGGAAGAAGAGUUUGCAAAGAUCAGACUGUCACUGCAGGAUCAGGUGGACACGCUGACGUUUCAGAACCGAAGCCUCAGAGAUCGAGCAAAGCGAUUUGAAGAAGCUCUGCGCAGGAGCACAGAUGAGCAGAUAGUGGAUGCUUUGGCCCCAUAUAAACACAUCGAGGAGGACCUGAAGAGUCUGAAGGAAGUUCUGGAAAUGAAGAACCAACAAAUUCAUCAACAGGAGCUGAAAAUCACGGAGCUGGAGAAAAUACAGGCUGAAAAGAACGUGUUCCUGGAGGAGAGAGUGCAGGUUUUGCAGCAGCAGAAUGAGGACCUGAAGGAAAGAAUAGACAAGAACCUCGCUGUGUCCAGGCAUCUUUCUGAGGAAAAUGCCAACCUGCAGGUGAACGUGGAGAAAGAGAGCAACGAAAAGAAGCGUCUGAGUCGCACCAACGAGGAACUGCUGUGGCGUCUUCAGACAGGCGAGCUGAGCCCUCACAUGUCCCCCAGCUCCUCCCCCCUCCAUCGACCCCUCUCUGGACCAGGCUCCCCUGCCCGCCCUCACUCCUACCAUCAAUGACCCUCUGAAUGGAAGCUCUUGUAUCAAACUAUUUAUUUUAUCUGGCAUUUUAUAACUCUUUGAAUGUUCCUCUCGAAGCCAGGGAUGGAUUUUACACAAUGGAGGUGGACAGACACACAUCAGCUUGUUUUGUGGGGGAAUGCUGCUUGUAUGUGUGAUGCAUUUCCAAAGUAAUACCCUGGGAUUUUUAACGUCUGACUUGAAGAAUUGUAUUUACGAUCAAAAAGGGAAUUCUCUGUACUCUUUUAAUUCUCCCUCUACAACCCCACAAACAGACGUGCUGUGAUGCAGCGGCAAAUGAAAGAUCCGGUCAUAAUACAUCAGAGAGCAGGAUCAGAGAUACUGUGCCUCAUUCCCAUGUUUUUCCAUCUACGUCUACACUUCCACCUUCUCAUCCAGCGAUCAGGAUGAUGGAUGUACAAGAGAAACAUAACAUGAAAAGUGCAACCACCAACUCAAGAAGCGCCUUUUCUUUCCAGUUUUUUUUCCACCAGCAACUUCGAUCAAGGCACAGGCAACACAGGUCUACCUACAGUAAGUUACCGUCAAAGUGUGGCCUCUUCUCUGGGGUUAGUUUGACCUUUUGAUGCUGAAAUCUCUCAUAUAUCAGGAGUGUUUGAACAACUACCAAUGAUUGAACCUCAAACACCCAUCCUACAUCCUACACUUGAACCACUGAAUAUCAGUGCUGACCUGAAAUGUAAGAUCAACAUCAUACAUCCAUUGAACUGCCAACAGAAUGUUACUUUAUUAUUGAUAAUAAUUGAUUCAUACUGUACAUGAAUUGCUCUCUUUAAAGCAUGUUCUGUCUUCCAGUUCUAAUGAAUAUUAUGUAAGGAUUACUUUAGGUGUAGUUUCCUCUGAUUUCUUAUCAAAUAGAGAAAUUUAAACAAGUAAUCAAUCAUUAUAUUUCCAAUUUUAGACAAAUCUCACAGUUUCUGGGUGAGAUGGCGCCCCCUACCUUCAGUCAGUUUAAAUCGCUAAAGUAAAAGAAAAAAGUGCAGGAUCUGUAAGAAGCACCAAAGAGGAAAUAAAACACAGCAGUUAUCAUGUACUGUAGCUGUUGUAUAUCUGCAGGUCAUUGCAGAAUCAGCCAUAAGCGGUGCAAACAUUGCAGUUCUUGUCAAAAUGUAAGAAAAUUCAACAUCUGUUCAUUAUGAAGUAGGUGUCAAGUUUAACAAUAGGUUCUCUUUCUUUGAGUGUACCUCAUCGUUGCUCUUAAAGUUGACUUGGAUUGUUGCUGUUUUCUUCAUUGAUGUUUGUUUUCUGUGUUUUGAACCUCACCACAAAAAGUGAUUAGCUUAAGUGAUUAAAAAAAAAAA